CAAUGCUACGCCAAAACUCACAGAGGUCAGAGGGGGUCUUCGCUGAUCACGAUGACCCAACUCCCUAAUCACAUCUCUCCUCCUCAACCGCCGCUGCCGCCGUCCACCGACGAUUCUCGUCCUCCGCCACCGUCAACCUCCGAUGAACCCAGUGCUGAGCCUCCUAGAGACGCACCUCCUCCUCCUCGAUUCGACCCUAGCCGAAUGAUUGGUAUUAUUAGAAGGAAGGCAUUGAUAAAAGAUUUGGCAGCCGUAUACCAUGCAGAGUGCCUUACAUAUUGUCAACAACUUUUGGAACUCCAAAGAAAAUUUGAAGAGCCACAUAUAGAGAUUAAGCCUCCAGAAGACACAAGGAAAGAGAUGGCAAGGCCCACAAAGCGCAUGAAGAAAACUCGUUAGGUGUUAAACUUCAAGCUAUUUGGAUAUCAAUAGCAGCUUGAUUCAUUCCUUUUAAGAUUCUCUUCUCUACCCAUCUUAUUAGCAAGAAAUCAAAGCUUAGUUGGUAUUGUAGAGUUGCCAAAACAAUUGACUGAUAAAUGAGGAGUAGUUCUAAUAUAUGUUUCACAUUUCCUUCCAAAAACUAUAGUCUCCAGAAGUAUACUUUUCAUUAGCUUCAAACAAGUAGUUUUUCUUGUGGAAA